AUCAAGAAGCUGUUGGCGCAGCGCGGGGGGCCAGGUAGUGAGACUGACCUGAAUGAGAUGGCGUCCGUGGUCGUGCAGUACAUCCCUUCUGUGUGGCAUGGUCGCCAUCCGCCCUCCACCAUGGGCGUGAGGAGCGUGUCCGAGAUGAGGAUGGCGACCAAGGACGGGCAUUGGCAUGUGGCGCAGCACCUCGAGGUGAGCGGCGACCCAGCGGCCAGCCUGGCCCAAGCAAGAGAACUGCGCGACGCUAUGGGCGCCUUCACGUCCGACGCGAAGCUGGCGGCCCACCUCUCCAGCAUUGGCAAGAAGAA